UCGAGGUCGCGCGGUAUAUUAUGCAUGUAAGCGAAAGUUACGCAUGUAACGCGCAGAGUGGUUGCGCUAUACAAUUAAUCUUAUGACACAUAGUGAUCGAGUACCGGUAAGAAUGUACGCACGUUUGGGGAAUACCUUGAAAUAAAGGACAUAUUUCAUCAUUUCGGAGGGCUGUUGUGUAACCAGAUCUCAUCCGUUAGUUUACGACUGGCCACAGGCAUUUGGAAAAGCAAUGCUGUCCGGGGAAGCUGCCUUAAUUCUCAUGCCGACAGCGUGCAAGUACCCGCUGAAUGACUAAGCUCUUUAUACGGCGACCGGCCAGGGAUAGCGUGAUUUUAAUUCCAGCUCAUGCAAAUGGUCGGUGCACUGGCCGCCUGAACAUCAAAGCGAGAUCGACUUUGUAGCUAGCGCUGAGGAAGGCAGCAGUUAUCCUCUGUUGAUCAAAAUAUUAAAUUAAAUCUGAAAGAGCUUCCCUAGAACUACAUAAUCAUUGGACGUCAUCUGCCUUGAGAUUUGACGAUGGCUAUCGAUGAUGAAGACCCCACCCCAAAUGGUGCCAUCAAUGGCCACGGUGAAGAUGAAAAGGGCUUUAUAGAAAUGCAGGAUAAAGGCCUUCCUCAGCCAGAAUAUGGCGGAGUGCCCACAGCCGGUGACCAGAAUGAAAAUGAGGUCGAUGAUGCCGAUGUUGCUAAGGAGAUAGAAAUUAAGAUGAAGGAUGCGGAAGACGGAGACGGAGAGACUGAGGGAAAGGAGGAGGAGGAGGUUGAAGUGAAGACCAGACAAGUCAGUACGCUUCAGCUGUUCCGAUUUGCUGGUCCCUUUGAGGUCUUUCUCAUCAUCCUCGCCACCAUCUUGGCUUUUAGCCAAGGCAUAUCGCUCCCCAUGGUGCUAUUCUUCUUUGGUCGGGUGACGGACGCGUUCAUUGAUUUUGGCCGAGAGUACAUGAACUUGAACGACACUGAACAAAUGGACUGCCCGCCUAUCAGCGUCGACAUCAUCAUCGACUUCUCUGGCUACUAUGCCAUCUUAGGCGGCAUCAUCAUGGUCGUAGCCUACCUGAACAACAUGCUGUGGAACAUGGCGGCAGAGCGUCAGAUCCACCAGAUCCGUCUCCGGUUCUACCGGGCCAUCGUCCGUCAGGAGAUCGCCUGGUUUGACACCCACAAAGCGGGCGAGCUCACCAACCGGUUGGCAGAAGACAUAGACAAAAUCCGGAAGGGGUUUGGAGACAACCUGGGCCUUCUCCUGCAGUACUUGGGUACCUGCAUCGGAGGCAUCGCCCUAGGGUUCACCAAAUCCUGGAAGCUGACCCUCGUUAUUCUGGCCGUCGCCAUAAUCAUCAUGGUGCCUUCCAUCACUCUGGGUGUCAGACUGAUUCGAAAGAUGGCCCAGAAUGCUUUAAAUACGUACGCCAAGGCGGGGGCCAUCGCUGAAGAGAUACUUUCCUCCAUCAGGACGGUGGCUGCAUUUGGAGGAGAAAAAAAGAGUCUGGAAAGAUACACAGAAAAACUCAACGGAGCCAAGAAGCAGUCUAUUAAGAAGGACACAUUGCAGGCGGGCUUGGUUGGCGUCUUCUUCUUCAAUUUCUAUGCGACAUACGCUCUAGCUUUCUGGUAUGGAUCAACGCUUUUCAUCAACGAAGGACUUCCUGCCGGGGACAUCAUUGUGUGCUUCUUAGGGAUUCUGUUUGGGGCCUUCUCACUGGGUCAGGGGACCCCCUACAUCACCGACUUCAUCACUGCCAGGGGUGCGGCGAGCACCAUCUGGGAAAUUAUCGAUCAGGUACCGGAUAUUGACAAUGCCUCUGAUCUGGGUCUGAAACCAGACACACUGACUGGGGACAUCACAUUUAAGAAUGUGCACUUCUGCUACCCCUCGAGACCGGACACUCGGGUGCUGAAUGGCUUGAACCUGGAGGUCAAACGGGGCCAAACAGUGGCCUUGGUAGGCAGCAGCGGGUGCGGCAAGAGCACCACUGUGCAACUCAUCCAACGAUUCUAUGACCCGUUGUCUGGAUGUGUCGAACUUGAUGGCAACGAUCUCCGCGACCUCAACGUCCGGUGGUUACGGGAACACAUUGGUGUGGUCAGCCAGGAGCCGGUACUCUUUGCCACGACCAUCGCCGAAAACAUCCGCUAUGGUCGGACGGAUGCCACCGACGAGGACAUCAAAGCGGCUGCGAUUGAGGCUAAUGCUCACGACUUCAUCUCUGCACUCCCUGACGGAUAUCAGACGUUGGUUGGCGAUCGGGGAGCCCAGCUGUCCGGGGGCCAGAAGCAGCGCGUAGCCAUCGCGAGGGCGCUGGUCCGCAAUCCUAAGAUCCUCCUGCUGGACGAGGCCACCUCAGCCCUGGACACGGAGAGCGAGGCUACAGUUCAAGCAGCGCUGGACAAGGUCCAAGCCGGCCGCACCACCAUCGUCAUAGCCCACCGCCUCUCCACCAUCCAGAACGCCGACGUCAUCUGCGCCUUCAAGGGGGGCGUUAUCGUGGAGCAGGGCUCCCACGAGGCCCUGAUGCAAGACAAGGAGGGGCUAUACGCCCAGCUGGUGCAGCUGCAGUCCCGCAGGGAGCAGAAGGGGGAGGAAGAAGGAGACAAGAAACAGGAGGAAGCGGAUGAGGAGGAGGAGGAUGAGGAUGAGAAAGUUUUGUCAAAGCAAGAGCUCCAGAAUCCAUCCACAGAUCUUCAGGUUGAAACAGCAUCUCUUCAUGGUACUAAGGAAGCCCGCAGUGCUGAGAAGGAGCCGCUGUCCAGUUCCCGCCAACGGAAACUCUCCAGCUCAAGCGAAAAAGGCCCUGAGUUGAACCGCAUGGUGUCGGCCAUGUCCACAUCUUCAGAUACACCCGAGUCAAAGGAAGAAGACGAGGACGUUCUGAAGAGUUUCAGUUUCUUCCGAGUAAUGAAGCUGAACUCUCCAGAGUUGGCCUUCAUCAUCGUGGGCGUGAUAUGCUCCGCCUUCAAUGGGGGAGUGCAGCCGGCAUUUGCUGUCAUUUUCAGUCGUAUUCUCCAGACCUUUGCUCUCCCAGUUGACCAAGUCCGUGCUUCGGUCGUAAUCUACUGUAUUCUUCUCUUCGGCAUUGCCGUCCUGGCUCUGAUCACCAAUUUUACAGGGGGCGCGGUGUUGGGCAAGUCGGGUGGGGAGCUGACAAUGAGACUGAGAGGGAUGAUGUUCAAGGCUAUGCUGCGACAGGAUAUCGGCUGGUUUGACGAUCAUAAGAACAGUAGUGGGGCACUGACCACCAGGCUCUCCUCUCAGGUCUCGCUGAUUCAGGGGGUGUCUGGUGACCGAUUUGGCUUCAUAACCCAAGCUUUCUUCAAUAUUGGCGUGGCCAUCAUCAUCGCGUUCAUCUUCGGCUGGCAGUUGACGUUACUUGUGCUGGCCUUCCUCCCCCUGAUUAUGUUCGCAGGCCUCAUCCAGACCAAGUUCCAGAGGGGCAUGGCCGCCACCAAGAAAUCCAGCAACGAAAACAUUGGCAAGAUCGUAACAGAAACCAUCGAGAACGUUCGCACGGUUGCCAGUCUGACCAUUGAACCGGCUUUCAUACAGAAAUAUAUACGGCUAAUGGCCAAGCCUUACAGGGAUAGCAAACGGGAUGCUCAUCUGUCUGGCAUCGCGUACUCCAUUUCGCAGUGUGUGAUUUUCUUUGCCUAUGCUGCGGCGUUUCGUUUUGGGGGCUGGCUGGUGCAGAAUUGCUACAUGGAAUUCCAAAACGUCUUCUUGGUGUUCUCGGCCAUUAUUUUUGGCGGGUUUGGUCUGGGUCGGGCUAUGGCCUCAGCACCAGACUACAACAAAGCUAAGUUUGCAGCUGCGUACAUGUUCCACCUACUGGACAGAGUCCCACCUGUCGACAGCUACAGUGACAAAGGCCUGAAACCGGAGGAGUUUGAGUCGAAGAUAUCCUUUGACAAGGUGCGCUUUCGAUACCCGACCCGCCCAGACGUGCCCGUCCUGCGCGGCCUGACCGUCUCGGUCAAGCCGGGAGAGACCCUGGCCCUGGUGGGCAGCAGCGGCUGCGGGAAGAGCACCACAGUGUCUCUAUUCGAGCGCUUCUACACUCCGACUGCUGGACUAGUGAGCUUGGAUAGUAACGACAUCAAGGUCCUGAACACAGGCUGGCUGCGUUCUCAGAUUGGCCUGGUGUCCCAGGAGCCUGUGCUCUUUGACCUUAGCGUGGCUGAAAACAUCGCCUACGGGGACAACUCCCGGGUGGUUCCCAUGUUGGAGGUCAUUGAAGCGGCCAGGAAGGCCAACAUCCAUGACUUUAUCGCCUCCUUGCCUGAGGGGUAUGAGACGCGAGUUGGGGACAAGGGCACCCAACUCUCUGGAGGCCAGAAGCAGCGUGUGGCCAUCGCGAGGGCGCUGGUCCGCAAUCCCAAGAUCCUUCUGCUGGACGAGGCCACGUCAGCCCUGGACAUGGAGAGCGAACGGGUGGUUCAAGCGGCCUUGGACGAGGCCAAGAAGGGGCGGACCUGCAUCACCAUCGCCCACCGGCUCUCCACCAUCCACGACGCCGAGAAGAUCGUCGUCAUCCGUCACGGCAAAGUGGCCGAGAUCGGUCGUCACGAGGAUCUGAUGCAGCUGCAGGGCCAAUACUACAGCCUCUACACAGCCCAGGACAUGCAGAGUUGAGCUUUAUAUGUCUUACAGGGCUCCAGUUUUGCUUACCAGAAAUAUAUCACUUAGCAGAUGUGUGCACUGAACAUAAGCUGGCAACCAGUCACGUGCAGUGCAUAUUGGAUGAUACUUACAUGAGCUGCUUUCGAAGCAAAUAAGGCCAUGCCUGAAUUUAUUGUCUGCAGCUUAGACUCAAACGGAAUUUCAAGCCGCAGCUGAGUAAUGCAGAUAUGCCCUCUCUUCUGUGCAAAGCAAAUUUUUGCGCUUACCAGGUCGGUGACAUUGGCCUUUGGAGGUCAGAUUUCUCAGGUUUCCCAACCAGCAGUGCGUGUAUUAGGAGUCUAGAAACUAGACCAUAGAGUGUCUGUACUGUAAAACUAGAACUUAGGCUGUGUCUAGUUUAUCUGGCUGCGACUUGAAAUAAUACACGACUCUAUGAGAAUUCGCUGCCGCCUCAUACCAUAGGUUCCUGUGUAAUUUUAAGCCACAACCAAUUAAGUUGGACAUGGCCUUACAUACUCUUGUUGUAGAGAAAUUUUCAGACGAGUGGUGGUGUGAAUGUGCAAACUCUUUAAAUGGGUAAGAAAGGUGAAAAGAAACUAUCAUUGAUCAAGCAGAAAUUUUUACAAAAUACUACUGAAAAUAUGGACAUUUUAGUACAUAUGCAGUGAUUUGUUGAACAUGUGAGAAAUAUUGUAAUCUUUGUCCUCAGCAGCAGAAUGGUUUUAAAAGCGGGGGGGAGGGAGCCCUGCCCAUGAGACUGAAAAGAAUACAUUAUGAAGUUGCAAUGUACCUCCAAUGGCUGGUAGGCCUAUAAAGUGGGGGAAAAAUAACUACCUCUGGCAAUGGCCCCGUGGUUCUGCCACCGUUGUUUUGUAUAUGUAUGCUUGUGGUAAUGGAAUAUUCUUCAGUCAAUUAAAAAUUGUAAGCGCAAGAGUAUGUCGCAGAAAGCGUGUACUCAUGUUAUUCUAAUUCUGUCAAUGCAUUCACUUGGGUAAUGUUUAUAUUUCUACCUCUAAAACUGUAAGAAUCUGUACUUUUGGUACUUUUUUGCAGUUUGCUCAAGUGUGUAUUUUCAUUUUAACCUCUUGCUGCAUAUGUGGUUACAUUUCAUGUUGGAAUUGAGUCCUUUGCCGGGUACACUGCUCCUGGUGUCUGCUCCUUGUGCAUGUUCAGAUGAAAGCCAGUUUUGUAACUAUUUGUGCACAUUCAGAUGAAAAACAGUGACUGGUAUGCAUUAAGUCAUAUUAGUGCAAAUAAGGCAUCACUGCAUUUUGAGUAUGUAAACCAUGCCAUUGACUGUAUACAGAAUUGCACAAGUGUAAACUUUCAAUGCACUGUAUACCAAUUUUAGGGCUUUACUUUCUUUGUUCCAGGUGCAUAAAUGUCAGGAUGUUAUAUUUAGUUAAAAGUGUAGAAAAUAUUCCUUGUAUGACGAUCUUGUAGUGCAAAAUCUGCAUAUAUUGUUGGCAAAAGAGAGUGUAUAUAAAACAUGACUGUAUCUUUUCAGUUACAGGUACUGUAAGAUCGAGGGGAAGUGAGUAUAAUUUUGGGUAUUGGAUCUUAAACUUUCUUCUGAAGCCAGUGCUUCUCGUUCUACGCACUUAAAAUUGCUCAUUCACAAAGGUUUCAUGACUGACAAGUCUGAUUUUUUUCCAUGGACUGAUUUAUAUGAAGAUGAAUGAGAACAUCAUUGUCAUUUGCAGUAUUCCUUUGUAAAGUGAGCACUGAUUGAUCCACAUUCCACAAUUUUACCCAGCAAAGUUUUUAAACAGGUGUGUAGAAGCUCAAACUGUACGUAACUUUUAUUGUAACUUGCUGCUCUUUGGGGUAUUUGCAGUUUUGUGGUCACCUAUCAUUUGCCUCUAUUCUUGGUUCAUACUUUGCAGCUUAUUUGAGAAGGAAAUAUAAAUGUGAUUUUCUGAAAGGAGACCUCCGUUUAGUUUAGGGUCAUUCCUCCGUUUGUUAACUACUGAAACACUGCACCCCCAGCAAAGUAAAUUUGUAAAAAAAAAACAUUUCCCAUUUGAUCAAUUUUUACGAGUCUGUAUUUUGGUUCCAUAAGUUUUACCCUGAAAAGAAAUUUUUUCAUGAAAAUCAUGACGUUGAAGUAAAAAGACAACUUCCAACUGUCUUUGUCACAUGUA